CAAAUGUCCAAUUUGUGUGGUGAGGGUUUCCCAAUCGUUGAUCCAAAACUUCAAUAAUUAUUACUUAUGUCUCUAUAUACAUUAUUGAGUGAGCAAUAAAAGAAUUGGAUCAAGGCAGAAUAAACAAAAAAAACCAGCAUUCAACAGUACAGUCUGCCGGCCGGAGAUCGAGAUGGGGGAUGAAGAGGAGUGUGAAGCGUCGGAAACCCAGGAAUCUGAGGACGGCGGCCUGCGGCGGAAGACGGUGGCGUUGAGGAAGAAGAAGGGCAAGAAGAGCAGCUGUAAGAGGUUCAGCAAUGAGCAAGUGAAGUCACUGGAGACCAUUUUCAGGCUGGAAACAAAGCUGGAGACGAAGAAGAAGCUGCAAGUGGCCAGAGAUUUGGGGCUGCAACCUCGUCAAGUGGCGAUAUGGUUUCAGAACAAACGGGCGAGGUGGAAAUCCAAGCAAGUUGAACAUGAUUUCAGAGUCCUCAAAGCCAAAUUCGACCACCUCAUUCUGCAGUUUGAUGUCCUUAAGAAAGAAAACGAGGCUUUGCAUAUGCAGUCAGAGAAAUUAAGAUGGGAGCUCGAGAGGAAUGGAGCAGGGCAUAGAAAAAGACAAGAUACACAAGGCGGGGAGAGGAGGUAUAUUGACUCGGACAACAAAAAUGAAGAUUUUGAGUAUCUGGUGUGCUUAAGUAGAGGAACAAGUCAUGAAUUUGCAGCAGAGGAUAUGAAUAACCAAAUGAAGGAGGAGGAGGAAGCGGAGUUCUUGAAUCUGGAGGAGCUAGGCGGCGGCGACCCUUUUGCCUCACCUGAUCAGUGGUGCAGUCGCAGUCGAAGCAGCUUAAACAGCCCUUUUGAUGACUCAUCGUGUGGGCGUGAGCCUUCGGAAUGGUGGGAGUUUUGAGCUUUUUAACACUACAAAAAAAUUACAGGAUUGACAUUGAUUUGACGUGGAUUUACCGAAAAUUUAGUGUCAAAUAACUCGUGUCAAACUGUUUUUGGCACGGAUUGGCAUGUCCCUGCCAAUUUUGGAAAAGCCCUGCCAAAAAUCAUUGUCAAUCUCUGUUUUUUUGUAGUGUAAGUUUAUUUGAUCAACUAGCUAGUACUCUAGUAGUCUAGCUAGAGCUGCUUCAAUCCUAGCAAGAGCUUCUGGAAAGUAAUAAGCUUAAUACACACAAACACACCAGUUAGGCCCUAUUCUAGCUCGCUGCCUUGAAUCCGAGUGUAUGUACCCACCCCCAUAGGUCAUAGCUUAGCAUGAUGUUCUCUUCAUUCCGUUUGAUCAGCUCAUUCUUGUUUUUUAGUUUUAGUUCAUAUAUGAAGAAAACGAUCUGUAGUUCUGUACUCACUGUACACGCCAUUUACCACUCUUAUUAUAUUUUGCCAGUAUCAUUAGCAUUAAUCAUCCUAAACAAAGCAAAAGUUGACUAUGAUGAAUGUUAAAAUACUGAAUAAAUG